AUGGACCCACAGAACGCUGAGGCUGGCGAGGCCUACCUCAACUCCAUGGGCUUCCGAUCACUCAUUGAGUGGAUGACUGCGGAAGCGCUACUGUCCAGACCUGAUGAUCCACUCACGUUCCUCCAGGCUCUACUACAGGAAAAGAUAGGAGAUAGAAAGAGUGGCGAGAAGUUUCAACCCGAACACACGCUGGCCUACAUCAAGCAAUGCUACGCCGCAGCAAGCGCUUCAGCUGAUGAGAAUGGUCGCAUUCUGGUCAAGCCCCGAAAGUUUGCACCCCCUCCACCUGUACCCAAUACGUUGGCCCCACAACAUGGCAAUGACCCAGCGCUGGUUCAUCGAUUAUCCAAGAUGGAGCAAGUUAUUCAGGCUUGCCGCGUAAUCGGCUCUGAGCUGGACCCCAUGGAAGCAACCAAGAUUAUUAUCAAGCAAGCAUGCGCGGUGUUGAAUGCGGAGAGAGCGACACUUUUCAUUUAUGGAAUUGCUGGUACCGUGGCUGCGACUGGCAAAUCCAUGAACAUCUCGGACGCAUAUACAGACCCGAAUUUUGACUCACAGUACGACCAGCGCAAUGGUUACCAGACCCGGUCAAUGCUGUGUGUACCGGUUCGCAACGGUGCCAACCACAUUGUUGGAGUCAUGCAGGUUCUCAACAAAAUCUCCGUCGACAAGAAGGCGAGUUUUUGUGACGAAGAUGAGGAAUUCCUGGCAAUCCUAGCAGCGCAAGCAGGCGUGGCACUCAGCAACGCGGAUACGCACACGGACGCAUGCAUUGCGCGUGAAAGAGUCAAAGACGUGCUGAGUAUCGUGCAGGAUAUGCACCGUGAUCUGGGCUUCAUCUCGCUCAUGUUCACCAUUUCUACACGCGUCCAGAAGUUCGUCAACUCAGAUCGCUGCACGCUGUACAUUGUGGAUCGUGCCAAGAAUGAGCUCUGGACUUUGCAGGGAGAGGUGAAUAUCCGUGUGCCAUUAAACCAAGGUAUUGCGGGUGCAGUAGCGUUGAAUAACGAAGCGAUCAACCUUGAGAAUGCCUAUGACGACCCGCGUUUCAACAAGGAUUUCGACCAAAAGCUCGGGUACCAGACACGAAGCGUGCUCGCUAUGCCUCUCCGCAACGGAUCGUACGAAGUCAUUGCAGUCGUUCAGCUGAUCAACAAGCUGGACGCAAGUGGUGUGUUCUCCACGGACGAUGAAGAGCUUCUAGGCACCUUCUUGCAGAUCGCCGGGCCCAUCCUUUUCAACUCGCACUCGCACCUCAAAAUUUCGUCAUCGCAAAACAAAGAAGAGGUCGGGACAGAGUUUACGGGGAAGAGUACACGCGGAGGACAAGAGAUAGCGGAGAUGAACGUCAUUUCAGAGAACGAUGAAGAGGAAGCGUAA